CCGAGAUCUUGAACUUUUCAAUCGACAAUACGAUCUAAUCAGAAGGCAUUUGUCGACUACUCCGAAUCCCGGUUCUGACUAGCCCGUUGCUCAUAAUUCUUUACCAUUAGGAGGAAACAAUCGUUCUUGAAUCCCAUCUCGGAACUCGUUUAUAGGCCAUACGUUGGCAUGGGGGAAGGAUGGAGAGACAACGAACCUUUCAAAGGUUAAAGAAGAGAUGCGUUGAGCUUAUUCAAGCCACCUCCAGCUUUGCUCAGCGGCCCAAUACUAGGACAGAAGUGGUCCAAUCCCUUACUGCUUUACUACAUGAACUACAAGAAGUCACUGCUCAGCCAAAUGCUCUGGAUGAAAAACUCGCCGAAUUUGUGUUUGUGCCCAUAUCACAAGUACUUCGACUCUCCCAGAGAGUCCCAGUGCGUGCAUUGGAGCUAUCUCUAGGCUGCAUAUCUAUUCUGCUCCAAAACGGAUGGAAAGGCAAUCUAUCCCAAGACCUCUUCAGCCAACUUCUCAUACUAUUCACUUUCCUCGCAAACCCUUCGUCUGCCCAUAAUGGCAUUCCGGAGACCUCCGAGGAGCUUCAGGUGGCUGCCUUCCAGUGUAUGGCUGAACUGAUCACUGAAAUGAGCCGUUCUUUGAAGGGUCGGGAAUAUUUGACGGACACUUCAAACAUUCCCUCGCUUUCAAAGGCCGUUCUUUUGAUGGUCGAUAGCCUUGCAGAAGCGAGUUCGAACGACGUAAAGCUACAAGCGCUUUGCGCUAUCGAAGCAGUCACUGAGGGGGUGUCGGAUCAAGAUGCCCUUGCAAGCUUCGUCCCAAGACUGUUAUCAUCUCUUACAAAGGUUCUCACACCAAGCAGCACUAAUCGGUCAAGUUUUCGAGUUAUUGUGCGUGGAUUGAAUUCCUUCUCUUUGAUUCUCCUCAAAGUACUCAGUGAUGGAGAGGUUGGGCAGCUUCCCUCGGAAGUACCUAGCGCAAAAGAAUCUACAGACAAAGUCAUGCGAACUACAUCAUGGCUCCAUGCCACAGCAAACCAGAUCAAGAUUGCUCUCGCCAACGUAUAUAAGUUGAAACAUCACAGUAAGGAAGAAGUCCGGCAUGCUCUCCUGGGGCUGUGCUUCCGAGUACUGCAAGACUGCCGAAAGUCACUGGCCGAUUGCAGCAGUAUGACAAUCGAGAUUGUCAUCAGUCUUGCUGGCCGUGGAGACAGAAAUUCGACGGCCGAGAAAGAUCUCCGAUUACUUCUUUCCUCUGAUACUCGAUUCUGUUCACUCUUAAGGGAAAGCCUAUACGGAUGGGUGAUUUCCCUCCCAAGGUUGAUGCAGUCAAGUGAUGACUCUGCAAGACGCCAGAUCAUGCAUCAAAUAUCGACAGCACUCCGACUAUUGAACGAUGAAGGCGUAGACACAACUAUCAUCGAUGACAUCCUGGCAGAGAAUCUUCGAGGUAGCUUUGCGUCCAUCUUAAAGGACGCGUCAGGUGCAAUACAAGUGGUAGACACGGCCUCCGCCACAAACAUUGACACAAGCCUUGUCCUAGGCAGUGUGCGACCCAGCUCUUUCGAUGUCUUAGAAUUACGCUUCAAGAGUCAGGAUGAUAUGAUGACGGAAUAUAAAGUUCUGCUACAACGGCUAGCACAAACCAAGUCAGCUAAUACUGUUGCGCGGGAUUUGGUAAAUGCUAUAUACUCCGAAAACCAGGAGACGCAGCUAGCCUCAUUUUGGUUGUCUGUAAAUCUGGUCAAGGAGAUCUUAAAGCAUGAUACCGCACUGGACGAGUUCCUGAGCUUCGGAACACCUAGCAUUCAAUCCGAACUUCUCGAUGAGAUGUACUCAUUCUCAAUAUCUAACCUAUCAAGUUCAGAUAUCGAUGCAGAUUGGAGAUUACAGGCUUUGUCCCUAGAGGUUCUUGCCUUGCAAGCAGAAAGAUACGGAGAUGAGUUCCAAGCUGAACUGAUUGAUGCGUUGUACCCAGUCCUUCAUCUUUUGGGCACCACAAAUCCCCGCUUACGAAACCACGCAAUUGUCUGUCUCAACAUAAUAGCGAAGUCAUCCGGAUACACGAGCGCGAGAGAGCUGAUUAUCGCCAAUGUUGACUAUGUCGUCAAUGCUGUGGGAUUGAAGCUCAAUUAUCAUGACAUCUCACCGCAAGCACCUCAGGUUCUCUUGAUGGCAAUGCGUCUAUGCGGACCGUCUCUACUGCCCUACCUGGAUGAUCUAGUGGGAAGCAUAUUCUCAGCUCUUGAACGAUAUCAUGGUUAUCCCAAACUAGUGGAGUUACUAUUCUCAACUCUAAAGGUCAUGGCGGAAGAAGGAGUAAAAUCUCCACAACUGAUGUUGACGGAGAAUGAGCACAAGCCAGUUAGUUCGGGUAGGAAACCAAGAAGCAUGCUCGACACUAUACAUUUGAUCAAGGCAGCCAAAGAAAACUCUACGCAGGAGGAUGAGGAACAUGAAUCUAGGAUGGAAGCUUCAUUUCCACGUCGCCCGUGGAAAGAAAUGUUGGAGAAAAAGACAGGAGAUGGAGGGGACAAAGACGCAGAUGACGAGGAAGAAGAUGAACCAGAAGAAGAGAACGCCGUCCAACCAGUAGCUGAUGCCCCAGUGCCUGCGCCAGAGACCUUCAACAUUCUUCUCAAGAUAUCCGAACUAACACAAUAUUACCUCACGUCGCCAUCUCCAAGUUUGAGGACAUCUCUCCUAUCCCUUCUCCAUACCACCAUACCUGCGCUAGCGAAGCAUGAGAAUUCAUUUCUACCUCUCAUAAAUACUCUAUGGCCUGUCUUGGUUCCUCGUCUCGAUGAUCCGGAAGCCUACAUUAUCUCAGGAGCACUGGAUAUCAUGGCAUUACUAUGUACCUAUGCUGGCGAUUUUAUGAAAAGCCGGAUCCAAGAUAUCUGGAACACCGUUCGACAAUUGCACCGCCGUGUUAAUUCUCGCCAGAAGGGAAUGGAUCGAGCAACGACCAAAACACCAUUGGCAUCACUCAACCUCAACAAUCCUCACGAUACUUCAGCAGUGGUAAAGGGAAGGGAUGGUGCAUUGGACAGCUUCCGACCGGAACUCUACACCGACACUCCCAACCGAAUGAUACGCGGAUCACUCAUUCGGUUUUUGUCGAGUGUUGCACAACAUGUGGCAGUACAAGAGGAAUUUUUCGAUGACAUUGUCGACAUGCUUGAUCCUGUGUUGGACAGGAUUGAGGUACGGGAGGCAUUAGACAGUAGAAACCCAGAUGCAGUUUGGCUGCGGACGAGAAUGAAAGAGAUACAACUUCCUGCUCGGAACCAACCAAAGGGGAUAUCAGCUGUACAAGAGAAAUCGGAGAUCAGAUUGCCACAGGGAAGACCAGAAUGGCAAUUUAUAAGCUUUUGAAGAUUGGUUGCAACUUUAACCAGCGAAAGCUUCCAAUACGAACGUUGUUGAAUGUUGUCCAGCAUUUGAGAUGUUGACUUGAUGCAUCACCAUCUGGAAAAGUUGUUAAAAAUCUCUAGAUUCAUAAAUGGUUCGCUUCGCGAUACUGUAUGUAUGAUGAUAUACAAUUGCCUGCCCC